CCCAGGCUGGGGUCUGCGAGGUUGCUUUUGGGGGUGGGGGGGACCCAGGCUUUCUCCGCCUCCUAGGUGACAGGUGAGGCAGGCCCGCAGGCCCGGGAACCCGGGCCCUGCGUCAUGCCUCAGUUUCCCUGUCUGCCCCAGGGAGUCCAGGUGCCCCCCUCCACCCCCCUCAGGGAAGCUGAUUGUUGUGGGGUUCCAUCCAGGGCAGAGGACGAGGUGAGGACACUUCCCGACAGCAUCCAGCACCAAGUCUCGAACCCUGGUCUUUCUGGAGACUCUGUUGCAGCAGGCAUGUCAGAAGACGGGGCAACUCGGGCCCCCAGCCCCAGUCUGUGGGAGCAGGAGGAGCCGAGCGCGGUGCGACGAGUGGCGGCCCUGCCACUGGUCCGGAGCACGUGCAGCGCAGUGUCGCUCGCCUACAGCGCCACCAAGGACCGGCACCCGCUGCUGGGCUCCGCCUGCCGCCUGGCCGAGCGCUGCGUGUGCGGGCUGGCCUCCCGCGCCCUGGACCGCGCCCAGCCACUGCUGGGCCACCUGCAGCCGCAGCUGGCCACAGUGAAUGAACUUGCCUGCCGGGGCCUGGACAAGCUGGAGGAGAAGCUGCCUUUCCUCCAGCAACCCUCUGAGACGGUGGUGACGUCAGCCAAGGACGCGGUGGCCAGCGGGGUGACGGGCGUGGUGGGUCUGGCCCGGCGGGGCCGCCGCUGGAGCGUGGAGCUCAAGGACUCGGUGAGCCAUGCCGUGGACAUGGUGCUGGGCAAGUCGGAGGAGCUGGUGGACCACUUCCUGCCCCUGACGGAGGAGGAGUUGGAGGCAUUGGCAGAAGAGGUCGAGGACCCGGAGGUGGGCUCCAUAGAGGAGCAGAGACACCGGCAGGGCUACUUCGUGCGUCUGGGCUCCCUGUCGGCGCGGCUGCGUCACGGGGCCUAUGAGCACUCGCUGGGGAAACUGAGGCAGAGGAAGCACCACACCCAGGACAUGCUGGUCCAGCUGCAGGAGGCGCUGGAGCUGAUGGACCUCAUGCAGUGCGGGGUGACCCCCGCCGCCCCCGCGCGCUCCCCGAAGGUGCAUGAGCUGUGGGCGGACUGGAGCCAGGCCCCUCCAGAGAACGGCCGCAGACAGGCGGAGCUGGAGGCGCUGGCCCUGGCACGGGGUCUCCUGGCCGAGCUGCAGGGCGCGGUGGCGGGGCUGGAGCGCAGUGUCCGCGGGCUGCCGCCGGCCGCGCAGGCCAAGGUGCGAGAGGUGCAGAGCGGCGCGUGCGCGCUGCAGGCGGGGCUGGCGGGCGCGCGCAGCCUGGGGGACGUGCCCGCGGGGGCGCUGGCCGAGGCGCGCGGCCGCCUGGCGCAUGCGCACACCUGCGUGGACGAGCUGCUGGAGCUGGCGGCGCGCGCGCUCCCGCUGCCCUGGCUGGUGGGGCCGUUCGCGCCGAGCCUGGUGGAGCGGCCGGCCACGCCCCCCGGCCUGGCCGCCUGGGUGGACGAGGUGGUGGGGGGCCCCGACCCGCGCUGGGCGCCCAUGCACUGGCCGGAGCAGCAGCGCGCCUGGCAGGCUGAGCACGGCGCAACCCCCGAGGACCCCCCGGAGGAGGUGUCGGAGCCGCCGAGGAGCAGCAGGCAGAGGCUGAUGCCCGAGCUGGACUUCUGACCUGGGCCCUCCCCCGCGCCCCCAGAUCUGCUCCCAUGCCCACGAGCGGCAGAGUGCAUGCCAAGUCGGGGUGGCUUUACUGGGGGGAGCCCCCUCUUUCUGGAAAUUCGGGGACUGGACCCCAAAGCCCAGCCGGCUACGCGCUGCCCCCCCCCAAAAAAAAAAUCCAUCGUCCCGGCCGGUGACCUGUGAAACCGCUCCGUGCUCCCCAGAGAAACGCACCUUUGGGGGGGGCUCUGAGAUGAGGGGUCCCCUCCCCGUCUGGGGCCCCCCAAGAUCCCAGGCUACAGCCGUUGGGUCCCCCAGAACCCUUGGCUUUUUCAUUGGGGGUUCGUCUCCCCGGAAUAAACGUGCUUCUGCUUAAC